CCGACCACGAGCAGACGAAGAAGUGACAGAAGCUGGUCAGCGUCUUUGCAGAUUCCAAAGUAUGGGGAGGAAGGCAGCUGUGCAGCGGAUGCAUCUUCACGUGUAAUGGAGAGUGUGCGCGUGUUCCUCUUCCUCUAUGUGUGCCUGUCCCCGUUGACAGUCCUGUGCCGGGGUCAAAGGUCGGCUACCGACACGCAGAUCCCGGCCGCGCCCGACCAAGACAAAAUCUUCCAGCUCACAAAAGAUGACGUGGCGGAGGUGCUGCAGGACUUCCUGGACGAGGCGGAAGGUGGCACGGGCCUGUCGCUGCAGAAGAGGGCCAGCGUCAUCCCUCGGUGCGACGUGGGCGAGCGCUGCGCCAUGAAGCACGGCCCCAGAAUCGGACGACUGUGCGACUGCCUGCGGGGGGCGGCGUGCAACACUUUCUUCCUGCGCUGCUACUGAAGGCCCAUAGGCCCGAAGGCCCACCCGCGAGGAUGCCGGCACGCUAAUCCAACCACAGCACUUUUGGGACGAUGUUUUGCAACACUCGACACAAAAGUCUUCUGUUGUCCGGCGAACCGUUAAAACAAUGCUGACGGGCGGGGAUGGUCUGAUGCAUUUCUGGCUUGAAUUCCAAACUCAAACCAGUUUUGGGUACACCCUUUGUACCAUGUUUGUGCCACCUU